AUGGAGGCAGAUAGGGAUGGCAGCCAGGUGAACUCCUUGGACGCCUGGUGGGAUGCAGUCCCGGAGUUCCAUGGUGACACCUACGACAGGUGCACGGCCUUGCACUAUGCAGCUGUAUGGGGCCAGACUCGGAUUUGCAAGGCGCUGCUUGACCUUGCAGCUUUUCGCGUGGCUGAUGCAGUGGCAGAUGUCGCCAUGCCUUAUAAUAUCUUUUACACAUACGAGUUGAACUACUUUGAGCAGUCUUGCACAGCCCUUCAUGCUGCAACUGCAUGGGGAAGAUGGGAGACCUGUAGGCUCCUACUGAAUCACAGUCGCUUUACCGCCGUGGCUUCGGCGAAUGCUGCAGGCCAGACGGCUCUCCACUUGGCCGUGCUCGCAGGGAAUCCGGAAAUUGUGGAUGAGCUCCUGACAGAUGGCCGCGUGGACAUCAAGGCUCAGACAUGCCUCGGCCAGACCGCACUCGACAUGGCCUUGCUGAUCCGAAGGGAGUUUCCGGACCGAACUCGUGCCAGGUACGAGAGGAUCCUCGUUCUACUUUUGGAACACGGACGAGGGCACUGUGGGCGCGAGGCAUUCGGGAACGUGCUCCAGGAGGCGGUGCUUAACCGGGACAAACGGCUCCUGCACGUCGCCCUGAGGUGUCGCCAUGGCAUGGACAAGUUUCUGGCCGGUCUGGUUGCCCACAAGGACCCUUUAAUCACCGAGGUCUCGUUCUCAGAGAGAGCUACUGCAAAGGAGGCUCACUCCCGAAAGCGUGAUUUGCAGAAGCAGAGAGCUCACAGGAAGCAAGAUGUUGAUGCAGCAUCUCCAGUGCAGGCACCGAAGCGCCCCUGUAGGUCAAAAUCCAACAAUGGUUGGAAACAGACUGAGUUUGAUUUCACGCUUUGCAAAUGA